CCAACUCUGGGGUUGAAGAUCACACUGCCCCAGGACCGGCUGACCGACUGCAAGAAUGCACCGCGUCCUACGCAAAAGGAGUUUCCUAUGUACUUCUUCUUCUACGGCUCACUGACCGAGCCCGAUCGGCUUGCCCGUCUCUUGCAGCUGAAGUCGAAGCCAGCCAUGAGCCAUCUUCGGUCACAGGUAGUUCCAUCUGAAUCUAGGCGGAGAAAUACCAUGCCCUCGUGGACGCGACGUCAGCUCCACCGUGCAUGGCCAUGCAUAUUUGGUGGAAUCUUCAGGGCAGGAGCAGGAACUCCGGGUCUAUGAGACCGGAAAUUAUGAAGUGGUUCGCUAUGUGAUUCGGAUUGUGAACGCGGACCAGACCAUUGCUGGGCUCACGUUCCGAUUUAUAGAUCAAGGUAGCAAGUUCCUUGCUGAUGUCACCGGGUGAGGGUCAACCGAUACCCGAGACAUCUUUGACCUUGAGGACUUGUUACCCCUACUGAAUCUCCACCCGAUCCUUCCUCUUAUCCUCGCCAAUUUAGAUGGACAAUUCUUUUGUAUAACUAUUGUA